AUGGAGCGUCUAGAGAGAGGACUGUCAGUAGCCCUCCUCCUCCUUGUGCCUCUUCUUUCUGUCCACUGCAUCUCCAAUCAGAAAUCUACAGUCUCCUGGUGCGUAGUAUCUGAUGCUCAGCAGCAGAAGUGUUUGGAUCUGGCCGGGAACGCCACAGCUCGGAAUAUUAGAGGGACUUUGCAAUGUGUCCGUGGCCUGAACAGCAGAGACUGCAUGAACAAAAUCAAGAAUGGGACAGCAGACGCAGCCUCCAUGUUUGCAGAUGAUAUCUAUGCUGCUAGCCUAUGUCAUGGCCUGGAGCUGGCAGCUGGAGAGUCCCACAAUGGAGUGGAUGGCAUUAGCUACUACGUGGUGGCAUUGGCUCGUCGCUCUUCGUCAGACCUGUCCCUGCUGGAGAUGCACGAGCGCAGCUCCUGUCACCCUGGCAUACGCACCACAGUGGGGUGGACUGUUCCCAUUGGCUACCUGGUCAACACCUCCCAGAUCAGUGUAGGGGAGCAGUGCAACUUCCCCAGAGCGGUCGGAAACUUCUUUGGCUACAGCUGUGUACCAGGUGUGAAAGACCGCAAGCACGACCCUAGAGGAAACAACCCCAAGAACCUGUGCGAAGCCUGUAUAGGAGAUGAGAACGACAGACACAUCUGUGCCAACAACCACAGAGAGAGGCACUAUGGAGAGGCAGGGGCGCUGAGGUGUGUUGCAGAGAACCUCGGUGACGUGGCCUUUGUUAAACACACAACAGUCUUUGACAAUUUGGACGGUAAGAACCAGGAAUCGUGGGCCUUGGAUCUGGAGCUUGAGGAUCUGAAGCUGCUGUGUCCAGAUGGAAGCGAGGCAGGUCUGGAUGAGUAUGAGCGUUGCCACCUGGCAGCCGUCCCAGCUAACGCUGUGGUGGUGCGCAUUGAGGACAAGUGCCGCGUCUGGAAGUACCUGGAACGCUUACAGAAUGUGUUUGGCAACGCCAGCGAGGGCUUCAGUCUGUUCAGCUCAGCAGGCUACAGCGAAUCCGAUCUGCUCUUCAGUGAUGCCACCCACUACCUGCAGAGGGUUCUGGGUAGCUGCACCUCUUGGCUAGGCCCCUCUUACACCACCAAGCUGCAGGCCUUUGAGUGUGAAGGCGUGUCAGCUCAAGCGUUUGCGGGCGUCUUUAUCUCGACUGGCACGGGUGACGGCACGGACGGCAGACAAUUUGACCGGAGGUUGUGA